AUGCAAACUACUCCAUGCGUGAGAAAAGUUAAGAGAAUGUCUGUUAAACUCGGCAGAAGUCGAGUCGGAGGCGGGGCGUCGAACCUUUAUGUCGGAGCCUCGGAGGUGAGGCGGGUCUUAGAGGCAAGGCGAGGAGCGGCCGGAGCUUUUGGGUCGGACUUCGGAGGUGAGGCGUCGAGCGGUCGAGGCGCGAAGAAGAGGCUUUGUCGGACUUCGCGAGUGUGUACUGUGUCGAGAGGCUUAAGACGCCGGACCGCCGGAGAUAGCGACUGUGAGAGAGAGGCGACGAGUGAUGGAGUGAGUAGGGAUGGUGCGGUUGUGGCUGUGCGAGAGCGAGAUGCAAAGGGACAGAAAUUUCUCUUUUCUCAAACCUAA